AUGAGCGUUAGGCAUUUGACUGAUGGCCGCGGCCAGUAUGGCAUAAAGGGGCAGGUGGUGAACGUGCCGAUCGACGUGACCAACGUGCCCGAGAACGCUGCGUUCGCCGAACACAUCAUGCGCCAACUCGUUAGCAAGCCGUCCUACGGAAAUGGUCUAGCCAAGAAACGCUCCUUGCACCUCGGAGUGUGGAAGGACGAUGCCUGGGAGGCCCGCUUCUCCCUUCGUCCCGUGGGCCUGGUGCUUUCCUCGCUGCGUGCCGACCAGCACGGCGUGUACAUGUGCCGCGUCGACUUCCGCCAGGCGCAGACGCUGAACCGACUGGUGCGCCUCACUGUCACCGUGCCGCCUCGCGCCGUAGUCAUCCGCGACAGCCGGGGCAGGCCGCUCAACGGAAGCGUCACCGCCGUCGACGGACAGUCGCUCUCGCUGCUCUGCACGGCGCCAGGAGGUCGUCCUCCGGCUGUCCUCUCCUGGUGGCGUGAUGGCCAUCGGCUGGAGGACGUGCUUGUGCCGGUUGGCGAUGGCACCGGCGACGCGGCCAGUCAGCUCGCCGUCGGCCCCUUAGGUCGCCGAGACCUCCACGCGCAACUUGUCUGCCGAGCAUCGAACAAUAACAUCUCCGAGCCACUCAGCGCAUCAGUCGUCAUCGACCUCAUACUGGGUCCUACCAGCGUGUCCAUCGUGGGUGCGGCGCACUCGCUUGAAGCUGGUCGCCCGGGCCAGCUGCGGUGCGUGGCCUCCGGUUCGAGGCCACCUGCUCAGCUCUCGUGGUGGAAAGGGAGCCAGCGACUGGCCGCAACCACGACCACCACCGAGGCCGGCGGUGCUGCCGACGGGCCUGCGUCCAGCAGCACGCUCACUUUAACUCCGUCGGUCGAGGACGACGGCCGCCAGAUCACGUGUCGAGCGUUGAACGAGCGCCUGCCCCACGCUACUGUCGAAGAUGUCACCACGAUCAGGUUUGAGCAAGCCCUGGCGAUGGCCGCCGCCCUGGCUCCUCAAGACCUCAUGGAAGACUCUAUAUGCCCAAAUGUCACCCAGAACAUUUUUGUAGUGUGUACCCCAAUCGAACGAAACGCACGAGCUUAUACCAUGGUACAGCAACUACGUCUGCGAGACACUCUGUACCGAGUUGCUGUAUAUCCGGCUCCACCCGACAACACGUGCAAAGGCGUCAUCCGAGGCAUUGACAUUGACCUCACCGAUACCCAGCUCCGAGAACUGAUCGUCACAAAGCGCAACCCGAGUGCCCUGGAGGUGAAACGCAUCAAGAACACCACAGCCGUCACCAUCCUGUUCCAAGGAAUGCAAGUUCCCAAUUAUGUAUACUGCGGGGCGAGCAUAGUUCGAUGCACGCUUUUCCGCAGACACACGGAAGUUUGUUACAACUGCGGCAGCCUCGGCCAUCGUGCAGACGUUUGCCCUAAUCCUAACACAACGUGGUGCCGAAAGUGCGGACUCAAAACCCCACCCGAAAACCACCAAUACAAACCGCAGCUGGUGGUGCGACUGGGUAAUCGCCUUCGGCAGAGCAGCAUUCUGGAGAACCACGACGUGUACUUGGAGUGCAGUGUGGCAGCCAACCCACACGUCAGCGAGAUCAGCUGGCUGUUCGAAGGCCGAGACCUGCAGACCAACACGUCCGCAGGGAUCAUCGUCAGCAACCGCUCACUCGUGCUGCAAAAGGUGGGCCGUGGUGCUCGCGGCCACUACCACUGCGUGGCGGCCAACAGCCUUGGCCAGUCGCGCAGCGAGCCGCUCUUCCUGCGCGUCCAGUUCGCCCCCGUGUGCCACGAGUCCCAGAAACUGAUCUACGGGGCAGCCAGGCAUGAACCGCUGCAGGUGACAUGCGACGUGGACGCCGAUCCUCCAGAAGUUACCUUCCACUGGCACCUGAAUCACUCCAUGGAAACUGCUAUACCACACAGCAUGCAGGGUGCCACGCGUUCGGUGGCCACCUUCAUCGCUCGCUCAGAGGCUGACUACGGGGCUCUGAGCUGCGAGGCACGCAACUCCGUGGGGCCGCAGAGAAGACCCUGCCUCUUCAGCGUUGUUCCGGCGGGACCACCCGAGCCUCCAGGUCUAUGCGCACUCGCAAACCAGACCGAAGAGGCCUUUCAGGUCCGCUGUAUUGAAGGCCAUCAUGGAGGCCUUCCUCAACAUUUCGUCCUCGAGAUCCACGACAGUGGGGGUCGAUUUCGCGGAAACGUGACCUCACCCAUGCCAUAUUUCGAGGUAUCGGACCUUCCAUCGGGAAGCGAAUUCGUACUUGUGGUGUACGCAUCCAACGGCAAGGGCCGCAGUCCGCCAGUGCUACUCACGGCGUCCACGUUACCGGCUGCCGCAGAAAGCCUGCUGCACCAAGGACCUGAUGCUUCGUGGCAGAUCAAGUUCAGCCCCGUGCUCGCCGUGCUCAUGGCGCUGGUCCUGGGCUUUGCGCUACUUGCCUUCGUGGUGGUGGCAGCCGUGCGUCUCUGGAGCAGGCACAGCUUCCACAAAGACGCUAACGGUGCUCCUCGCCCCGGAGGUUUGAAUGUAGCUGCGGUUUGGCUUGCAGGGAGCAAGAUGCCCAGUCCGGACGAGAGGCCCUGGAUACCACCUGCACCUGAUGUUGUCGACAGGAUACAAGUUUCGCCUAAGACUGAAACCACGGAAAUGGAUACGUUCGUGUCGGCCAAGGGGCUGUGCAUGGCGACCCUAGACCAGGACCAGAGCGUCAUCAACACCUUCAUGCAGCGGUGAUCUACGACCAGGCCGCGCCGCGAGCGCCUCACCCUCUCCCUUGUACAGAAGAGGCGCUCGCGACCGGCUGUGUUCAUUGUCACAGGGAGCGCCUCCGUCGCCGGGCAGUGUUCAUACAUGCCUCGUUUCGUCGCGGGAAUGUUUCAACAAUUGUGGUGCUGUUUUUAGUGUACGAGGCGGCGUGUGACUGUGCG